AUUUCUUUUAAGAAGAAAAGCAAAGUUUAAUUUUCUUGCUUUUUAUCUCUCUCACGCUCUGUCGAGUGAUUCUUUCUUUCAAAUUGCUUCCAACCUCCAACCUCUACAACUUCCUCUCUAUCUCUACAAGAAAUUCGCCAAAUUCUUCAAUCAUUAGCUAUGCAGUCUCAGACUCGGACGGUUCAAGUCAAGCACGUUUCGAAUCUAGCUACUGAGAGGGAGAUAAACGAGUUCUUCUCCUUCUCUGGACAAAUUGAACGCAUUGAGAUUCAAUGUGAACAAGGGGAUUCCAGGACUGCGUUCGUCACAUUUAGAGAUCCCAAAGCUCUUGAAAUUGCCUUGCUAUUAUCGGGAGCGACAAUUGUAGAUCAGAUUGUGAGCAUAUCUCCUGUUGAAAAUCAUGUACCAAGAAGAGAAAUGCAGGAUUCUGGAAGCCAGUCUAGCAGUGGAAAAAUGUAUGUUAAUAGAGCGCAAGAAGUAGUUGCAAAUGUGCUUGCUAAGGGUUCAGCAAUCGGACAAGAUGCCAUGAACAAAGCAAAGGCAUUUGACGAAAAGCAUCAGCUAACAGCUAAUGCAUCUGCAAAGGUAUUGUCCUUUGACAGAAGAGUUGGGCUGACAGAGAAAUUGACGGUUGGGAUAUCAGUGGUUAACGAGAAAGUCAAGUCUGUCGAUCAAAAUCUUCACGUUUCAGAUAAAACAAGGGCUGCAAUCUUUGCAGCUGAGAGGAAACUCAAUGACACAGGAUCUGCUGUUAAAACAAGCAAGUAUGUGACAGCAAGUGCUGCUUGGCUAAAUGGUGCUUUUGGCAAGAUCGCAAAAGCAGGGCAGGCAGCGGGAACAAAAACUAGAGAGAAAUUCCAUUUGGCCAUGUCAAACUUAACUUCAAAGGUUAGCUUUCCCAAACAUGUGCAGUAAGUGCUCACAAAGGAAUCCCCUGUUGUUGCCUCAUCUUGAAAGCUUAGGCUUCAAGAAACUCAAUUGGCUUUGGCUGCUUCUAUUUGUACUCUGUUUCUUUUCAUUCUAUUUCUUCAGAUUAUUUUCUCUUCAGGACUUUGCUCUAUUAUUAUUAUUACUAUUUGUAUUUUUUUUUAUUCAUAUUCUUUAACUAAACUAUAAGGGUGUUUGGCUGAUGAGAAUUUUGUAUUUGUAAGAUUGGUCAUGGAAGUGUAAAGAAAAUCCAAUUAUUAUUUAUCUUAUACUCUUAUUAUUUA